AUGCGCUUUCUCUGUUUCCACGGCUACGGUACGAGCAGUGAGAUCUUCGAGCAGCAAUUCGCAAGUAUUGCUCGAGCCUUGGGGGAUCAUCAUGAAUACGUUUACCUUGAUGGAGAAGUCAUAGUGACUAGGACUGAACUCGCUGGUAUCUUCCAUGGCGACACUCUCGGUUAUUAUUCUGGCUGCAAUUCGGAGCAGAUCGCGCAUGUCCAUGAAAAUGUCACUGAGCUACUUGCCACAGAAGAACCUUUUGAUGCUGUGCUAGCAAAUAGCCAGGGAGCAAGUCUAGCCAUCUCAUAUCUUUUGCAUCAACAGAUACAAUAUCCAAACAAAGCUUUGCCCUUCCGAUUCGCCGUCUUUUUCACACCAGGUGUCGUCAUUUCACCCGAUCGUGAAUACAAGUCUAAAGAGAUUUUGUCCUUCUUGGAUAAACUUAAUCAGGAUGAUAUCAACAAAAUAUUGAUGGGAAUUCUGGAUCGAAAUGGACAAACAAUGAUCGAGCCCAUGAAAUUUAUUGGAUUGAGCAACCUUUCCGCUGCAGAACGAGAACUUUGUCUAAAUUUGGUUCAGCACAUAGAUACCCUACUCCUCACUCGUCGCAACUUCAAGGUAGCAGAAACGAACGCCUAUCCCGACAUGACCGCCCAACUAGACUGCAGAGACAAAUUCCCACGUUUCUUCCAUCCUGUGUAUACAGAUGAGCGCAUCUCAAUCCCGACAGUACACGUUAUUGGGAGUGGAGACAACCAGGCUGUCAAGCGUCUGGCGGAGGUGGCUAAGAUGUUGUGUACGAAGGAGAAAGUCAUUUCUGUUGUACACAGGGGCGCACAUGAGAUUCCCAACAAAAGCGAGGGUGUCGAGGCUGUGGUUCGGGCGAUUGAGAAAGCGGAUUUUAUGGGGCAACGGGUUUGGUAG